CCGGACCUGGCGGGAGAAUCCCAUGCCCAGGCUGAGGAAGGUGGCCAGAGUGAGGGUGCCCACCAGGCAGCCCCAGGGGCUAUGUCCUUCUACCAGCAGCUCCAGGAGACCGUAGGCUGUGGCCAAGGACAAGCCCAGGCUAAAUGCCCCCAUGCUGCGGACUGCAGCCCGCGUCAUGCUGGACUCCUCUGCCCCCAGGGGGUACACCACGUCCUUUGAGACUUUGGGCAUGGCUACUGAGACCAAACGUCGGCAUGUCUCCAGGAGAUGUCCACCAGGUUCCAGGGUCCUGGAAUUCCUCACCACAUUCUAAAGUUCCGGAGGCUCAGACUGUUUCUGUCUUGGAGUGCCUGAGCCAGCUUCAGGACUGGGGAGGGGGCAGGAGACUCUAAUCUCCUUCCCCAAGACUCAGGGCAGAAGACACAGACCUCACUCAGGCUGUGGGGGUGGCUGAGAGGACAGAAGCAGACCUCUGUGCCCAAGGACAUCCUUGAGGACACUUGUGGGACAACAGAGGGUCCCCAGAGCAGACUUAUGGACAUCAGACUUCUUCAGGACGGAGCAACCGGGCAAAAAGGGAAGGUCCCCCACACCACACUGCAGAAGCUCCUGAGCUGGGGGCUGCCUGUCAUGGGCAACCGAUUCCUGCAGCGCCAGCCGGGCGAGUUCCCUGUGUCUGCUUUUCUGCUGGGGGCAAGCACUGGAGGGCUCCUGGCUGUGGGUCUCUUCCAGCUCCUGGUGAACCCUAUGAACAUCUAUGAGGAUCAGAAGAUGGUGACAUUGUACAGCUUGGUGGGCUUGGGGGUCGUGGGCUGGGGGACCUCCCCGCACAUCCGCUGUGCCAGCCUCCUGCUUGUCCCUAAGAUGCUGGGCAAAGAGGGCAGGCUCUUCGUGCUGGGAUACGCCCUGGCUGCUAUCUAUGAGGGACCGGCGGCCAACCUGCGGAACAACCUCAACGAGGUGAUCUCGUCGCUGGGCUGCACUGUACAGCUGCAGAUCAACAACACGCGCAAGGCCUGGCGCGUCUCCGUGGGCCCGCUGCGGGCAGUGCUCAAGGACCUGCUGGCCAGCAAAGACUCACUGAAAGCCGAGACUCAGAACAUCACCAAGUCCUUUGAGGACCUGGAUGACCAGGUGAACAGCGAGACUGGCUACACACUGGAGAACUCCAUGGGCUUGGAGGGUACAGCCCGAGGUGGAGAGAUGUACCGAGCUGUGCCAUCCAGGUACCACCUCUCCACACAGAAGAUGUAUGAGCUGAAGACCAAGCUGCGCUGCUCCUAUGUGGUGGACCAGGCCAUCCUCAGCUGCCAGCGCUGGUUUGACCAGAAACACAAACAGUGCAUGCAGCGCAUCUGGGUUCCGCUGCUCAACCACCUGCUCUGCCUGCCCAUGACGUUCAAAUUUUUCUGCAGCAUUGCCAGGGCGAUGGAGGUGUGGUGCCGCAGUCGCAUCCCUGUGGAAGGCAACUUCGGGCAGACCUAUGACUCUGUCAACCAGUCUAUCCAUGACCUGGGUGGGGAGUUUUCAGCCACUAUUGACCUCAAGGAAGAAAAGCAGGCGUGGAUGCUGGGCCUCAACACGAGCUGGGAACACGUGAGCGCGGAGCUGCAGGACUAUGUCCUCCAGCAGGAGGCCCAGCUGGAGUGGACGCUGGGGCUGCUGCGAGUACUGUUGUCCUGCACUUUCCUGCUGGUUUUCCGCGCGUCCUUCUCCUAUGUGGACAGCUACAAUGGCGACAUCCGCUUUGACAACAUCUAUAUCAGCACCUACUUCUGUCAGAUUGAUGAACGCAGGAAGAAGUUGGUGAGUGGGAACAGCCCUGACCACAGGCACCUUGCUGUGUGCCCUCUGUGGCUUCAGGCUCCAGAAGGGCAGAGGGCCAAGGGGAGAGGGCCCUGGUGUCCCUCACAGGGUGGACAUUUUAUCCAGGGCAAACGGACUUUGCUGCCACUCCGCAAAGCCGAGGAGAAGACCAUCAUCUUCCCCUAUAAUCCCACCAUGCAGGCCUCGGAAACAAAAAAUGUGGUGAGAGAGCUCGUGGAGACAGUGCCUGUUCUGCUCCUGCUGCUGCUCCUCUGCGGCCUGGACUGGGCUCUCUACUCAAUCUUUGACACCAUCCGCCACCACUCCUUCCUACAGUACUCCUUCCGCAGCAGCCAUAAAUUGGAAGUGAAAGUCGGGGGGGACUCCAUGCUUGCCCGGCUUCUUCGGAAAACCAUUGGAGCCCUGAACAGCUCCUCGGAGACAGUGGUGGAAUCAAACAACAUGCCCUGCCUGCCCCAGCCCAUGGCUCUGGAUGCCAGGGCUUAUCUGAGGGCCGCACUCCCCACGGGCCUGCUGCUGUGCCUUUGCCUGCUCCAGGCCUUCGCCUACCGACUUCGGAGGGUCAUCGCAGCCUUCUACUUCCCCAAGCGAGAGAAGAAGAGGAUCCUGUUCCUCUACAAUGACCUGCUGAGGAAAAGGGCGGCCUUUACGAAGUUAAGGAGGGCUGCCAUCGUGAGGCGGGCACAACAGCAGAAGCCUCCACACCGCGGCCUGGCGGCCGUCCUGGACCGCCGCUGCCCGCUCCUGCGCCGCUGGCUGCGCCAGCGCUGCGUGGUGUGCCAGGCGCCGCAAACGCCUGAGGCCUACCUGUGCCCGACGCCGGACUGCGGGGCCGUGUACUGCCAGUCGUGCUGGGACGACAUGCGUCGGCGGUGCCCGGCCUGCACCCCGCGCGAGGAGCUCUCGUCCUCCGCCUACAGCGACAGCAACGACGACGCCACCUACGCGGAGUGAAGGGGCGUCCAGUCCACCCGCUCCCCGCGCUGAGUAAAGGCCCGUCUGCUCCAGACGCCCGCGCGUCCCAGGGGUCUGACUGGCAGUCCGCAGCCUCGGGCCGCCGACGUGACGCGGGAGGGCAGCCACGC